GGCGCCGCCGCCUGCGCCUGACAAAGGGCCCGGCGGGCCCGGCCCGGCCCCAUGGCGAUCCCCAUGGUACCCAUGGAGACGCAGCUGCAGAGCAUCUUCGAGGAGGUGGUGAAAACAGAAGUAAUUGAAGAAGCUUUUCCUGGGAUGUUUAUGGACACUCCUGAAGAUGAGAGAACCAAACUGAUCAGCUGCCUGGGAGCUUUUAGACAGUUCUGGAGCAGUCUUUCCCAGGAGUCCCAUGAACAGUGUGUCCAAUGGAUUGUAAGAUUCAUACAUAGCCAACAUAGUCCUAAAAGAAUUUCUUUUCUUUAUGACUGCCUAGCAAUGGCAGUAGAAACUGGACUUUUGCCACCCAGGAUGGUUUGUGAAUCUCUGAUAAACUCCGAUACACUUGAGUGGGAAAGGACUCAGCUGUGGGCAUUAACAUUCAAAUUGGUUCGGAAGAUUAUCGGAGGUGUAGACUACAAGGGUGUGCGCGAUCUGCUGAAAGUCAUCCUAGAGAAAAUCCUAACAAUUCCAAACACUGUGAGCUCAGCUGUUGUACAGCAGCUUUUAGCAGCAAGAGAGGUGGUAGCCUACAUCUUGGAAAGAAAUGCUUGUUUGCUGCCUGCCUACUUUGCAGUUACAGAAAUCAGAAAACUAUAUCCUGAAGGAAAACUUCCCCACUGGUUGCUAGGUAAUUUAGUAUCAGAUUUUGUGGAUACCUUCAGACCUACAGCAAGAAUAAAUUCUAUUUGUGGUCGCUGUAGCCUCCUUCCUGUGGUAAAUAAUUCUGGUGCCAUGUGUAAUUCAUGGAAGCUGGAUCCUACAACGCUUCGUUUUCCUUUGAAAGGCCUCCUACCAUAUGAUAAGGAUCUGUUUGAGCCACAGACUGCUUUGUUGAGAUAUGUGCUGGAACAACCGUAUUCCAGGGAUAUGGUCUGCAAUAUGCUAGGUCUGAAUAAGCAGACCUUGAACAUUGCUCAGCAUAAGCAACGUUGCCCUGUGCUGGAGGACCAGCUGGUGGAUCUUGUGGUGUAUGCCAUGGAACGGUCUGAGACUGAAGAGAAGUUUGAUGAUGGUGGAACCAGUCAGCUUCUGUGGCAGCAUCUCUCCAGCCAGCUCAUUUUCUUUGUGCUCUUUCAGUUUGCAAGUUUUCCUCAUAUGGUCCUGUCACUCCAUCAAAAGUUGGCAGGCCGUGGUCUCAUUAAGGGAAGAGACCACCUGAUGUGGGUGCUACUCCAGUUCAUCUCUGGCAGCAUCCAGAAGAAUGCACUGGCUGACUUCCUCCCAGUUAUGAAGCUGUUUGACCUCCUGUAUCCUGAGAAAGAAUAUAUUCCCGUACCUGACAUUAACAAACCCCAGUCAACUCAUGCUUUUGCAAUGACCUGCAUUUGGAUUCAUCUGAACCGGAAGGCCCAUAGUGACAACUCCAAGUUGCAGAUUCCCAUUCCUCAUUCUCUUAAACUUCACCAUGAGUUUUUGCAACAGAGCUUAAGGAAUAAGAGCUUACAGAUGAAUGACUACAAAAUUGCCUUGUUGUGCAAUGCUUACUCAACCAAUUCAGAGUGUUUCACUUUGCCAAUGGGUGUGCUAGUAGAGACUAUUUAUGGAAACGGCAACAUGAGGACACCUCUUCCAGGCACUAAUUGCAUGGCAUCAGGGUCUAUCACCCCAUUGCCAAUGAACCUCUUGGACUCACUCACAGUUCAUGCCAAAAUGAGUCUGAUUCACAGCAUAGCUACAAGGGUAAUUAAGCUGGCUCAUGCAAAAUCUAGCGUGGCCUUGGCUCCUGCUCUUGUGGAAACCUAUAGUCGCCUAUUGGUUUAUAUGGAAAUAGAAUCCUUGGGCAUCAAAGGCUUCAUCAGUCAGCUCCUGCCAACAGUGUUCAAAUCUCAUGCAUGGGGAAUUUUGCAUACUCUGCUGGAAAUGUUUAGCUAUCGGAUGCAUCACAUCCAGCCUCAUUACAGAGUCCAGCUCCUCAGCCAUCUUCAUUCUUUGGCUGCUGUGCCACAGACUAAUCAGAACCAGCUUCAUCUCUGUGUUGAGAGUACUGCUCUAAGGCUAAUCACAGCUUUGGGCAGCUCGGAAGUUCAACCGCAGUUCACACGGUUCCUCAAUGAUCCCAAAACAGUUCUUUCAGCAGAAUCAGAAGAACUCAACAGGGCUUUGAUUUUAACUCUGGCCAGGGCAACACAUGUGACAGACUUUUUCACAGGCUCUGAUUCAAUUCAGGGAACUUGGUGCAAGGACAUACUGCAGACUAUCAUGAGUUUCACUCCACAUAACUGGGCAUCACAUACACUAAGCUGUUUUCCAGCUCCUCUGCAGGUGUUCUUCAAGCAGAACAACGUGCCUCAGGAAAGCCGUUUUAAUCUGAAGAAGAAUGUGGAAGAAGAAUACCGGAAGUGGAAGUCGAUGACCAGUGAGAAUGAAAUAAUCACACACUUCUCUGCUCAAGGGUCAUCCCCACUUUUCCUUUGUCUCCUGUGGAAGAUGUUGUUAGACACUGAUCACAUAAAUCAAAUUGGUUACAGAGUGUUAGAAAGAAUUGGGGCCAGAGCACUGGUGGCACAUGUCAGGACAUUUGCAGAUUUUUUGGUGUAUGAAUUUUCUACGUCUGCAGGAGGACAGCAACUCAACAAAUGUAUUGAGAUUCUCAAUGACAUGGUGUGGAAAUACAAUAUUGUAACCCUGGAUAGGUUGAUACUCUGUUUGGCUAUGCGUAGUCAUGAAGGAAAUGAAGCUCAAGUUUGUUACUUCAUAAUCCAAUUACUCUUACUGAAGCCUAAUGAUUUCAGAAACAGAGUGAGUGACUUUGUGAAGGAGAAUUCUCCGGAACACUGGCUGCAGAAUGACUGGCACACAAAGCAUAUGAGUUACCACAAGAAAUACCCUGAAAAGCUGUAUUUUGAAGGCUUGGCAGAGCAAGUGAAUCCCCCAGUUCAGAUCCAGCCCCAGUACUUGCCAAUUUAUUUUGGAAAUGUAUGCCUGCGCUUUUUGCCAGUGUUUGACAUCGUAAUUCAUAGAUUUCUGGAAUUGCUUCCAGUGUCCAAAUCACUAGAAACUUUAUUGGAUCAUCUUGGAGGUUUAUACAAAUUCCAUGACCGACCAGUGACCUACCUGUACAACACUCUUCACUAUUAUGAGGGGCAUCUGAGAGAGCGCACAAACCUCAAGAGAAAACUUGUUCAUGCCAUAAUUGGCUCCCUCAAAGAUAAUCGUCCACUAGGCUGGUGUCUGAGUGAUACUUACCUCAAAUGUGCCAUGAAUCCCCGAGAAGAGAAUCCAUGGGUUCCUGAUGAUGCUUACUAUUGCAAGCUCAUUGGAAGACUAGUAGACACUAUGGCAGGCAAAUCACCUGGUCCAUUUCCAAAUUGUGACUGGAGAUUCAAUGAGUUUCCUAACCCAGCUGCCCAUGCUCUGCACGUUACCUGUGUGGAGCUCAUGGCUCUGGCUGUUCCAGGGAAGGAGGUGGGCAAUGCUCUGCUGAAUGUAGUGCUAAAGAGUCAGCCUCUGGUGCCAAGAGAGAACAUCACGGCUUGGAUGAAUGCAAUUGGACUGAUUAUCACAGCGUUACCAGAGCCAUACUGGAUUGUUCUCCAUGAUUGCAUUGUUAAUGUCAUCAACAGUCCCAGCUUGACAUCAGAGACAGAGUGGGUUGGUUACCCAUUCCAGCUGUUUGACUUCACAGCAUGUCACCAGUCUUACUCCGAGAUGAGUUGUAGCUACACUUUGGCUUUGGCACAUGCAGUCUGGCAUCAUUCCAGCAUUGGACAGCUUUCUCUCAUUCCUAAGUUCCUCACAGAAGCUUUGAUACCCAUUGUGAAAACAGAGUUCCAGUUGCUCUAUGUUUACCACCUCGUUGGCCCUUUCCUGCAACGAUUCCAGCAGGAGAGGACACGGUGCAUGAUAGAGAUUGGAGUGGCAUUUUAUGAAAUGCUCCUGAAUGCAGAUCGGUACAGCUCCCACUUGAACUACAUGGAUCCCAUUUGUGAUUUCUUGUAUCAUAUGAAAUACAUGUUUACAGGUGACAGUGUGAAAGACCAAGUAGAGAAGAUAAUUUGUAAUUUAAGACCAGCUUUGAAACUUCGGCUGCGCUUCAUAACACACAUCAGCAAAAUGGAGCCAGCUGCUGUUUCACAGCAGCCUCUCAGCAGUGGGUCCCCAGCACAACAGCCCAGCCAAGUGCCCGUCAACGUGGCCUUGCCAGUAACCCAGUGAAAUGAGUUGCUGGGCUGACCUUGGUGGGAGGGCUUCCUCCUCUUACUGACCAAAGGAAGCAGCAUCUGUUCUGAAAUCUGGUUGCUUUAUAAAAGGAUAGAGAACCACACACAGACUUCUGCUUUGAUUUCUUUUGCAUCAUGAAGCUGCCUUGCUCUGUGCAUGCCAGUCUUCUUAGCUAUUUAUGCUAGACACUCGAUAAGGGAUAGUUGCCUUUCUCUGAAAGUACUGAGUAAAGAUCCUCUGCAAACAAAUACAUGGAUUUCUGAAGAGUUUACCCUAUCCUGGGUUGAGUCAUCUGGAUUUUUCCUUUUUUCUGCCUGUGAUAUGAAAAGACUCUCAUUGUGUGUAAAACAGCCUUUUAAAAUUUGGGUUCUGCCUUAUUAAAAAUUUCUAUUUUUUCAUCCAACAGAAGAAUUUAAAUCCUUUUUGUCUUUUGGGCAGACAGUUUAAGCCCUUAUACAGAAACACUUCUAGACAGAGAGAUUGCAUCAGUUUUAUUAUGACAUCUUUCCAAAGACUAAGAAUGAACCUUUGAAAAUAUUUGUAAAUUUUGUGUGUACAGAUUUCAUUAAACACACCUCAGUGGGUUUGAUGUAGUGUCAGUUACUAGACUGUUGGGUUAAACCCUGGAGGCUGUCUCCAGUGAGUCUAUUGGAAGUCUGCUUAUUCACUUCAAGCUGUGCUGGUUCAUAUUUGAUCUUUCCUAUUUGGGAAAUGGUAUAGUUUUUAUUAAAUCAGUCACAUCAAUUUUACUGAUUUUACUGCAUUUUGGAUUUGUCUCAUAUUCUGCUUUAGGGUUUAUCUGUACUGUGCUCAGCAGGUUUUGAUGACAGAAUUUAAAGGCUCAAUGUUUUGUAAAUAAUCAUCUUUUUGGGCAAAUUUGUAAUUAAAAAAAACCCACAGUUUAAAAGUC